GUGAGCGCGCAGGAGCAGAGCCUGGCGCAGACGAAGCUGGAGCUGGCGUGGGCCAGAGCGGAGCUGCAGCGAGCGUGGCGGGAGGGCAACAGCAGCCAGCUGGAGCUGGGGAGCCGGGACGCUGAGCUGGAGCGCACCAGGCAGGAGCUGGCUGUGCUGCAGAAGGAAGUGCAGGAGGUGCAGGGGGAGCUCAGGGCCAGCGAGAGCACUGUGAGCAGCCUGCGCGCCUGCGUGAAUACAGAUUGCUGCCCCUCGGGCUGGGUGCUCUACAGGAGCAAGUGCCUCUUCGUCUCGGUGGAGAAGAAGUCGUGGUGGGACAGCCAUGAUGACUGCAGUGAGAAAUCCGCUCAGCUGCUGGUCCAAGGCGACUGGCCGUCACGGAUGAUGCCG